CCUCUCGGCCGCCAUGUUGGCUGGCGUGUGGGUGUCAAACGCUGCACAGGCUCGGGUCGCUCCCGCUUCUCCCGCGUCGCCGGCGGCUGCAGCCUUGCACUCGCGCUGGCCAGGAACGGAGUGCUGCUAAAGUGGGGCACAUAGCCAACUGCAGGUUCAGGGGAUGCCAGCCACCAAUGCCAGCAGUCUGUGGCAUGGCUGCCAGCUUCUGGGACCUGAGGCUUUGGAGGAGGAAAUGACUGUGGAGGGCCAUUUUGUUCCAUCUGCAUUUCUGACACGGAAACUUCCUAGGGUGCAGGCUUAGGGGACAGGAAAGUUUCUCUUGAAGGGCUUCACAUUUGUAACAAAGAAGAUAAAAAUGACAACUUCAUCUAUCAGACGGCAGAUGAAAAACAUUGUGAACAAUUACUCAGAGGCUGAAAUCAAAGUCCGGGAGGCCACCUCCAAUGACCCGUGGGGCCCAUCCAGCUCUCUGAUGACUGAGAUUGCUGACCUGACCUACAAUGUGGUAGCGUUCUCGGAGAUCAUGAGCAUGGUUUGGAAGCGACUUAAUGACCAUGGCAAGAACUGGCGGCAUGUAUACAAGGCACUGACACUGCUGGACUACCUUAUCAAGACAGGUUCUGAGCGGGUGGCCCAGCAGUGCCGUGAGAACAUCUUUGCCAUACAGACUCUGAAGGACUUUCAGUACAUUGACCGUGAUGGCAAAGACCAGGGUAUUAACGUUCGAGAGAAAUCAAAGCAACUGGUUGCGCUCCUCAAGGAUGAGGAGCGGCUGAAGGUUGAGAGAGUUCAGGCUCUCAAAACCAAAGAGCGCAUGGCUCAGGUGGCCACUGGCGUGGGCAGCAACCAAAUCACCUUUGGCCGUGGCUCCAGCCAGCCCAACCUUUCUACCAGCUACUCAGAGCAGGAGUAUGGCAAGGCUGGGGGCUCGCCGGCAUCCUACCACGGCUCGCCAGAGGCCUCGCUGUGCCCCCAGCACCGCACAGGGGCCAUGCUGGGUCAGAGUGAGGAGCUGCAGCCACUGAGCCAGCGCCACCCCUGCCUGCCGCACCUGGGCCUAGCCUCCCACCCUAAUGGCGACUGGGCCCAGCCCUGCCUCACUUGUGACCGCGCAGCCCGAGCUACUUCCCCACGAGUAUCCUCUGAGUUAGAGCAGGCCCGGCCACAGACAAGCGGAGAAGAGGAGCUGCAGCUACAACUGGCACUUGCCAUGAGCAGAGAGGUUGCUGAGCAGUCAUCAGAAAGCGUGCAGACAGCCAGAGGCAGCAAGGAAGAACGCCUCAGGCGGGGUGAUGACCUCAGAUUGCAGAUGGCUCUGGAAGAAAGCCGGAGAGACACAGUAAAAGUUCCAAAAAAGAAAGAGGCGAAAGCUUGUUGCAAGCCAGGCUCCCACUCCCAGCAGACUACCUUGUUGGAUUUAAUGGAUGCCCUCCCCAGCUCAGGCCCUGUUACACAGAAAACUGAGCCCUGGAGUGCAGGAGCCUCUGCUAACCAGACCAACCCCUGGGGUGGAACAGUGGCUCCUUCGAACAUUACUGACCCGUGGCCAUCGUUUGGUACCAAGCCAGCUGCCUCUGUGGACCCCUGGGGAGUACCUACCACAGCCAGCACACAGUCUGUCCCUAAGAACUCAGACCCUUGGGCAGCCUCACAGCAGCCUGCCUCCAAUGCUGGAAAGACAACAGAUGCCUGGGGAGCUGCUAAGCCCAGUUCUGCCUCAGGGUCCUUUGAGCUCUUCAGUAAUUUCAACGGUACAGUUAAAGAUGAUUUUUCUGAAUUUGACAACCUUCGAACUUCAAAAAAACCAGCUGAGUCAGGGGCCUCAGUGCCACCCCAGGACAGCAGAACCACGAGCCCUGACCUCUUUGAGUCUCAAUCCUUGACUUCUGCGUCAAGCAAGCCUAGCAGUGCCAGGAAAACACCUGAGUCCUUCCUGGGCCCCAAUGCAGCCCUGGUGAACCUGGACUCAUUGGUGACUAAGCCUGCUCCACCAGCUCAGUCCCUUAAUCCCUUCCUGGCACCAGGUGCUGCUGCUCCAGCCCCUGUCAACCCCUUCCAGGUCAACCAGCCCCAGCCGCUGACACUGAACCAGCUCCGGGGAAGCCCUGUCCUGGGAAGCAGUGCAUCCUUUGGGUCUGGUCCAGGGGUGGAGACUGUGGCUCCCAUGACCUCAGUAGCUCCACACUCAUCAGUGGGGGCCAGUGGCUCCUCCUUGACACCACUGGGCCCUACAGCAAUGAACAUGGUAGGCAGUGUGGGCAUUCCCCCAUCAGCAGCUCAGUCAACAGGCACAACAAACCCUUUCCUUCUCUAGUGACCAGGUGGGAACUUGCCCGAGUGAACACCCAGAGUGCCGAGCCAAGGAUGUCAAGUGGGGACUCACUCUGUUUUGUGUAGUGGCUGAGAAUACGGUGGUAGGGGUAUUAGAGCUUCAGGUCCAGCUUCCUGGUGAAAGAGUGGUUGUUACAAUCCAGACCUUCAGGCUGUGGGUAGGGUGGCCUCACUGUCCUAGUCGGGCCCCUGUGUCUCUUCCUAAGUGCUCAGCACUACUGAGGUCUGGAAAGGAGGUGUUACCAGUGUUGCUCAAGAUUCUGGGAUGCUGUCUAGCCCAGAACUUGGACAGUCACAUUGUGUGUGCCCCACCCCCAGUUAUCUUCAGGGUGUGGACAAGGUAAAGCUCUGGCCCCACUUGACACUGACUGUUGGGAAGUGGUUGUGCAUUUUUUAUUUUCCUUUGACUCAAUGUGAGUCCAAGGUGAACACUCCUACCAGUGUGGAGCUUUAAGCUGACUGAGCGCAACCCUGCCCUGUGGCUCUGUGCUUGUGCACGUUUGCACAGUUUGUUGAGUACAGUUUCAUAUUUGAGUUUGCAAAAUUAUCUAAUAGUCUUUUUUUGGCUAAUAUUUUUAUAACGUGGUUCUUAUUUAACUGUCUAGUUUUGAUAGAAUUGACCAAGUCUGGCUGAAUUAAGGUCUUGGCAUGUAUUAUUUUAGUGGUCUAAUUUCUCUUAUUUAUGGUUUUAACUGUAAGAAAACUUUAAAAGAAGAGAUAUUUGGAUGACAAAAAUAUGCCUUAUGGAAAACUAAGCAAAUUCUUUAUAGGAAAAAAAAAAACGGAAUUUGAUUACACAAAAAAGAAUUUUAUUAAAACAAAACAAAAACUUCCAACAAUAACAAACCCCGCAGCCUCUAGUUGCCUUUUUCCUUUCUUCAACUCUUUUGAUGAAUUAUCAGUCAGUUGACUCUGCAGCAUUUUUGCCGAGAUUGGAGAGGCUUUUUGCUACUAGUAUAUUGGCAUCUUAAGGUUAAAAGGAAAAACAACGCAUGAUUGUGACUUGCCAGUUUUUAUCAACUAAUCCCUUUUUGUACCUGGAAUGCAGGGAUUGCCAGGGACUUCCAUUUACUGCAGGCCAGAAAUGUGGCUGGCUGCCCCACCAUCAUGCUCAGGUUAAUGAGAUUGUGUGAAAAUGGGGGUGAUUCUAUACAUGUGGGCUCAGAGGUCAUCAGGGAUGGUCCCCUAGCUGAGUCAUGGCAGAGACUGGCCCAGAUUUGUCUGUCUGCCAGCUCCAACUCAGGCUGCUGACCAGGAAGUAACCACAUCCUAUUUUGGAGAUGAAAAAGUCCUCACAUGGCAUAGAUUUAACAUACGUGCACUGAUACUAUCCUUUCUCUCCCAACCUCCUGAUGUCCUCACUACUCACUGUUAAGAAAAGUAUUAAAUCUUGAGUUAAGAGACCACAGACUUGCAUUCUUCAGAGAAAGGACUGCCCCUUCUUGGUCCUGGCAGUUUGUGUCCUUCCUGCAAUAUGGACUUCUCUAACCUUAAGCUCCAAGGACACCCAGCCACCUGCCAGCUCCUCUCUGCAUCCAGAGAAACUUUUGGCCCCCAGCACGCACAGAGUUGACUCAGUGAUUCCUGUUUGAGAGAGGACUGCACUUAAGCCCCUCCUGGGUCUGAGUCUACAUGCUGCUCCUAGGCCCCACAAGCCAAGGGCCCUUCCUAACUACCCAUUCCACCCAGGACCAGAGGCCGAGGGAAAGGUUUGGGCUCUGCUAUUCAGGAAGGCUGAUGGCUGGGCUCCUACCUGGGAGAGAUGGAGACAUCACAGGAUGGAGGCCAGUCACCAGUCCAGAUUGUGCUUCCUUCAGAUUGUACAUGCUAGGGCCAGAACUGCCUGCUGUGGGCCUGGGAUUCUACUCCAGAAGACAAGAGCCCAUCUGACUGGGGCCCCAUCCCAGUAGCCACUGGGCUCCUCCUUCAACAGGCCAUCCAGCGCAUGUCCCUGUUACCCGCUGCACUGAUCAUGAAGCCGCUGGCCACUGCCAUGUGUGUUGCACACGUGCCACCAUGCCCUUCUUGAUGAAUACCCUGAAGGAAGUCACCCAGCUAUUUCUCAGUCCCAGGGCUGGUGGGUGGUUUUGGAUUUGUGUUGACUGUUGAUACUUAUUUACUGUAUAAAUAUAAUUUAUCAUUUGUAUCAUGAUGUGGGUUUUGGCUGUGUCCUUUCACUAUCCUGUCUUUAACAAUCCAGUGGGACAAGAUGUGGCAGGGCUGGCUAGGGAAGCAGCUUGGUCUGCAGUCAGGCUCAAGGACAGGCUCAGGUCUGCUUUUGAUGGACAUUGCCAUGGUCUGUGUGAAGGUUGUGCUGGGCAGAUGUUAGCCCAGACGGCUAUCAGUUCUGAGGCCAGUUCUCAGCAUGCUUUAGUGGUUUCACAUUCACUUCCUGUCUUAGGGUUACUACUAAGUACCCUAUGAUGAAGCACCAUGACCAAAGCAACUUGGGAAGGCUAGGGUUUAUUUAUGCUUCCACAUCACUGUUCAUCAGCACCUGCACCUCUCCACAGACCGGAUUUCUCUGUCAGUUGAGCACUUAUCUUCUGUGUCCUGGAUAGUAGAAGGUAGGUUUGAUUAGCAGGUUACCAGCUACUGUUACAGGUAGCCCUCUGGGCACCAAGGCCUUCAGUUUUACCUCUCAGACCAAAAGGUCUGAUUGGUUUUUUCUGUGUUCAGCUAAGAGUUGAGGGCUUAUGGAGGCAGAGCAGCAGGGCAAGUGACACUGCUAUAAAUAAACAGUGUGAGGGUGGCACUGGGGCCCGAGGAAGCCUUCCAGCACCAGAAAGGGUCUAGGAUAGCCUCAAGCUCAGCUCUGUAGGAAACCCACCCUUUGAGUGAGCAGUCGGGAGCCAGCUUUUUGCCUGCACAGAUAUUGCCAGCCAGGACUUGCUCUGAUACCAAGGUUUUGUGCUGGCUAAAUUUUAUGUCAACUUGUCACAAGCUAGAGUCACUGGGAGAUAAGGAAGCUUCAACUGAGAGAAUGUCUUCAUAGGAUUAGGCAGGCCUGUAGGGCAUUUUCUUAUUUGGUAAUUAGUAGGGAAGUGCCCAGCCCAUUGUAGAUGGUGCCAUCCCUAGGCUGAUGGUUCAGGUUGCUAUAACAAAGCAGGCAGAGCAAGCCAUGUGGAGAAAGCCAGUAAGCAGCACUCUUCCAUGGCCCAGACUUACUUCAGUGAUGGUCUGUGAUAUAGAACUGUAAGCCACUAAGCCCUUUCUUCUCCAACUUGAUUUUGGUCACGGUGUUUAUUAAGCAACAGAAACCCUUACAGGAGGCUGCUUCCCUCAGAACUUGAGCAGGCUGUGAGCUCUUUACUUCUGUAAGCUCCAUUGACACAUACUGCUUUUUUUGUUUGUUUGGGUUUUUUUUUUUUGUUUUGUUUUGUUUUUUGAGACAGGCUUUCUCUUUGUAACAGCGCUGGCUAUCCUGGAACUCUCUUCGUAGACCAGGUUGGCCUUGAACUCAGAGAUCUGCCUGCCUGCCUGCCUCCAGGUGCUGGAAUUAAAGGCACAUGCCACCA